AGCUGAAAUUAAACACUUAGAUAGACACGUAGAAGCAGACAGUCGACUCCUCUGUUAACUUCAACAGACCUUGUGACAAUGGCUACGGGUAUGGGAGAAUGGAGUGAGACAGUGGACGCCACUGAGGAAACUCAGAAGAUUUGUGAUCAGGUGAAGGACCAAGUGGAGAAACAGACAGGCAAGAACUAUGGGGAAUUCAAAGCAGUUAAAUACAGGAUUAAGAAUGUGGAGGGAGGACAACUCUUCGUCAUCAAGGUUCAUGCUGGUGGAGCAGACUAUAUUCAUCUGAGUGUCUUCCAAAUACCUCUGCUUGUACAUGGUGCGCCGGACCCAAAGGAAAUACUGCGUGGUGUCGAGCAGCACAAAACCAAAGACGACCCCCUCGUACCUUUCACCAACUGAUCACACAACCUGUUUCAACAGUUAAACACUUACAGGCUGCAGUCUCAUGUUAAAAUGCUCUGCUUCUUUAUUCUGAAAUGGUUUUACACAGAUAUUUGAUGUUGGGAAGAAGCAAGUUAAAUGCACUGCCUUCUAAAGAUAUAAAGAUUAAAGCAUAAAAAAACCUCGAUA